CUGGGACUUAAAAUGAUCAUUAUUACUAUUAAUUAAAAAAUAUCUUUUCACAAAUAUUUGAAAGUAAUGAAAUUGAACAAAUUCAUUUUGAUCAAUGAUCAACAACUAACAAUAUCUCUCAGCACAAAAAUGGAGCAGGAGGAGGAGGACCAAUUAUCAACUCUACCGAAAAUCAUUCUUCAUAACAUCCUGUCGAGAUUGCCAGAGAAAGAUGCGGCUAGGACAAGUGUUUUGUCCAAAUCUUGGUUAGACACAUGGUAUACUUUUCCUAUUUUGUCUUUUUCUGAUGGUAUAUUCAUAGGGACAUUUCCCCAACCAAGGGAAGGUUUUUUACGGAAGAGAAAGAAUUUCAUUGAUUACAUGAAAAGAACGUUGUUGAGGUUCUAUGAUAAUGAAUUGGCUAUCAAACAAUUUAAGCUUAUGCUGAAUAAUUUUGAGCUUCGUUCAAUGUCAGCGGAUGUUGAUCUUUGGUUGAAUCUGGCAAGUGAAUGUGGUGUUGAAGUACUAGAACUUUGUUUGCCUCAAAGUAGGGGUGAAUGCUAUGUCUUACCGAAGGGUAUAAUUGAAGGAAAAUCAUUUGUUAAGUUGGAGCUAAUGGGGGGAAUCAGAGUUGAUCAAUCAUUCAUGAAUAAUUCAAUUAAGUGUUUCUCAUUGAGAGUAUUGUCAUUGUGGGAGGUCCUUUGUGAAUAUGAGCAUGCAAUUGAGAAUCUGAUUUCUCGUUGUCCUUUGAUUGAACAUAUAACUUUGAAGUGUUGUUCAGUGUUGAGCCCUAGUGUCACCACAAAUCAUCUAUUUGAAUCUGAUACCCCUGGGAUCAUGAAAUCUUUGAGCAUGCGUGGUUUAUCAAAGCUGAAGACAGUUGAUGUUCAAGGAAUACAAGAGGUUUAUAUUGAUGCCCCGUGUCUUGAGAAUUUUUGUUAUUGUCCUGGUGAUUUUGACGCACCAUUUAAGAUUGAUUUUGAAAGGUGCAAAAAUUUAAAAAAGUUAAACUUGUUGUCUUUGAUGAGCAUCAUUAUCACCGACAAAUGGUUUCUUGAACUGUUUCCUAAAUUUCCUUUCCUUGAGAGUUUGAAAUUGGACAAUUGCACUAUGUCCGAGAAGAUUAAUAUUUCAAGUGUUCAACUUAAGGUGUUGGAGCUAUUUGAUUGUUCUAACUUGAAGGAGGUCAACAUUGAUGCGCCAAAUCUAUUAUUGUGUGUAUAUUGCGGUGUUGGUAGUUCAGAGCCUAUUAUAUCCUUUCUAAGAAGUUCUAGUCAACUAAAAGUCAAUAUAGAUAUUCCCAUUCAUUAUCGUCAUCUUUGUAACUUGAGGGAAUUUGUGCAAAACAUCAAACCUCAAAAUGUUUUGACAUCACUUUCUCUAUUAAUUGUUCAGCCAACCGUGGAUGUACUACACCCGGCGGUAUUUCAAGAGUCACCCCCUCCACCAAGUAUCAAUCACUUGCACCUUCAGUCUGUUCCAAAAACUGAAACUUUGUUUUCAUCCAUCGUAAAUAUCUUACUUUCAAGUUGCCGCCCUGCAUUUAUAUCUUUGAACCCGCAUCCUUAUUUUUGCAGUAAAGCAUUCAUUCAGUUUUUAUAUGAGACGCUAAUGGAAAGAAAGGGGGAUGACUGCUUGUGCAGUUCUAGUGAUACUAAGUGUUGGUGGCAUGGCUUGAAGAAUGUGAAAGUCAUAAGCUCAGUGAAGAUUGAUGAUAAUAUUGACUUCAAGACCAUGCUAGAAUUGUUGCCAAUUGGAGAAAAAAUUAGUUUUAUGUUAGAAUUUUAAUGUUGCUGUCAUAAUCUCAUAGACGUGUUUUUAUUUUGAAGUUUGAUUACCUCUUGAUGCAUUUUAAGUGCUGCUGUUCCUUUUUAUGUUUCUGAAUGACACACCAUUUGUUUUGAUAUACACUAUGGAAUGCAGAACGGUUAAGUUUGUUCUAAUCUCAUCAAUGAAAAUUACAACAUGUUCGCCUA